UACCAUUAGCUGCUAUCCAAUAUACCUGAGUGGUGGUGUAGUGUGUACCUGAAAGGUUGAAAUGGCUUCAACAGUCAUAGCAUGCGACCCUGCAGAUGAUGAUUACAUUGACAUGGAAGUAAGCUCAUACUCCAACUUCUUCUGCCAUUCUUCAAGCUCUCACACACAGCCUAGAGAGUUUGAGUUCCAAAUGUCUUCCAUCGUUCAAGAGAAAGAAACAACAACUUCCCCAGCUGAUGAGCUUUUCUACAAAGGAAAGCUCCUCCCUCUUCACCUUCCCCCUCGGUUACAAAUGGUUGAAAAACUCUUACAAAACUCCAACUCUCCCUUUGAUAAGCAAAAAGAUAUCUAUGAAGAGUUCUAUAGCACCCCAUUAGCCACUACUACCUAUACAACUCCAAUUACAGGCACCCCAUUUGAAUCCUGCAAUAUCUCUCCAUCUGAGUCUUGCCAAGUUAGUAGAGAACUUAACCCAGAAGAGUAUUAUGACCUUGACUACCAACCAGAUAGAAGUGGAUUAGUUGUUGAAAACCAGAAGAAGUCAUGGACCAAGAAACUGAAGCAGUCUUCACUAGGUUCAAAGUUGAAGGCUUCAAGGGCAUAUCUCAGGUCUUGGUUUGGAAAAUCUGGUUGUUCAUAUGAAACCUAUGCAACCUCAACAAAAGUUGCCGAUGAAGGUUCAGUUUCAAAGGCCAGGGAAAUCUUAAAUAAGAAUGCACAAAUGGCAAAGAAAAACCCAUAUGGCCAAAUCCAGAGGGAUAGAUACCAGUCCUCCAAUUCUGUCAUGAGCAGCUACAAAGUAAAGACAAGUGAGGAUGGAAGUAACCACCACAGAAGGUCAUUCUCGGUGGGGAUCAAACUGCUUUCAGGAAACAAGACAUUAUCAACUUCAUCUGUGUCAAGCUCAUCUGCAUUUUCACUUUCAAACAAAUCAUAUGGAUGUCAAGCCCGCCAGCUUCUCAAAAGGUGCAGCAGUGCAAAUUCAGAUAUAGAAAAUUCAAUUCAGGGAGCAAUUGCACACUGCAAAAACUCUCAGCAAAUGUUCUCUUCAAAGAAGACCACAAGUGAAGUAGGACUAUACUCAUUGUCUGCAUCCAGAACCUCAGUUUGUGAGGAUCAAGAAAGAGAAGCACUAUGCAGGGGUUGA